AUGAAUAGUCUGUCAGCAACUACAAGAAGCAAUGAAAUUGAUGAAUACACAUUACAAGAUUAUGCAUCACAAGACAGUUAUCAGAGUUAUAAAACUGAUGAAUAUAGGUUAGAAUUAAACUCAGAGGAAGAAACAGUAUCUACUAGUUUCAACUAUUACUCAGAAUCAUCAAUUAGUAAGCAUGGAAAACAUUCAAAUAAAAAAAAAAGAGUGGCAAUACCACUUUCAGUUUUAUAUUCUCAGUUAUAA